AUGGAUUGUAACUGCGUCUCCGACCUGCUCCUCACCUCUCCUGUGCCGGCUCUCUGGACACCAGGUUUUGCUUUUCCUGACUGGGCCUAUAAACCUGAGUCGAGUCCUGGUUCCCGUCAGAUCCAACUCUGGCAUUUUAUCCUGGAGCUCCUGCAGAAGGAAGAAUACCAGAACGUCAUUGCUUGGCAGGGAGACUAUGGCGAAUUCGUCAUCAAGGACCCGGAUGAAGUGGCCCGCCUAUGGGGUAUUCGUAAAUGCAAGCCCCAUAUGAACUACGACAAGCUGAGCCGGGCUCUGAGGUAUUACUACAACAAGCGGAUUCUCCACAAGACCAAAGGGAAACGCUUCACCUACAAGUUUAACUUCAGCAAAGUGGUCUUGGUUAAUUACCCGCUCCUGGACAUGGCUGCCAACUCCCCAUUUCUUCUCACUCAGAACCCUUUCAACGGGAGCAACCACGGAGCCGACUGCACCCCGUUAACCACUGAGACCUUGCAAAGCCUCUUCUCCAGCCCUCGCUUGGGGGAUCCCGCCAGCCGCACCCCACUCUUUGAACGUCAGCCAGAACCAGAGAAGCUGAGGCUGGAUGCAGCCUUCCCCUUCUUGGGAUCAGGUAUGGCUGGCUACACGAAACCCCCCAGUUUGCUGACUCCUUAUGGCCGGAACACUUCCUUUCCGGAAUAUCCUUGGAAUUUUAACCCUUACCUGUCCAGCACUUUCCCCCUGAACAGCUCCAAGUUGCCCACCUCUCUCUAUUCCCCUCAUUUCUACCCCAACCCUUUGUCUGGCUCCCUGGCCCAACUUCCCACGCCCCUCUCCCUCCUGACCAACGAAAACCCCGAGAGAACCGCGGCCCUGGCGGGGAGCUCCGUGCCCCGGCUCUGCCUCCCGACCCAUAGCGCAACUCUGCCCCUCCGCGGGGACGUCCACGGACCGAGCGCUCGCACUAAGGAAUUGCUGGGCCCCAGGCCAUCCAGCCCAUCCGGGGUAGCUCGAGGGGCUAAAGAGGACCCAGGGUCCGAUUCCGAGUUGGAAAUCACAGAUUUGAGUGAAUGCAGUUCGGAAAACGAAGGCUGCGACUUCAGCCCCGACAGCCUGGAGACGUUAGAGAGCCAGGUGCCCAAUUACAAGCGGCUGGAGGGCGAGCGGACGGCCAGAGCAAAGUCCACUCCGCUUGAUGGGGAGGUGGGGGUCAGCCUGGCCCUUAUCAAGCAAGGCAAGGCUCUUGCGAGCAGUUGA